AGACCUGUUUACCUACAUUACCACGACGAGACAUGCAGAUUGAGUAAAGCCCCCAAAAACACGGUGUGGGCUGCUUUCAUUUUGAGCAGUGCUCACAUGCCAUGAGGAUCCUUCCUAUCCAUCACUGUUGUUGGUGAAGGUUUCCAUUACAAAUGUCACAGAUGGCUGAGUCGAGGAGAACAACAGGCAGCAGGGGGCGACUGACCAGUGAUGCACCCAAGGUCUUUCAUGGUCCAGGCCGAGUGAACUUCACCUCUCCACUUCAUCUCAAACAUCCCAGUGAGACGGGCUUCACAGCAAACCAGAGGCCGGCUUUAUAUUACACGCCCAGUUUGGACCGCACAGACAACCAUCAGUUUGGACUCCUGUUGUCUGACAGUUUCAUGUCUCAAACCAAGCAACACUAUCGGCCCAACAUCCACUCUGACUGUUCAAAGUUUUUGCCAAACCUAACCGACAGACGGCGGUACAGCGGCUUCCAUCAGCUGAGGACUCACCAGAAAACAGAGAGCGACAUGGAGAAGACCGAAUAUCAGAGGUUGUUUGUGCCUCAUCAUCUCACAUCAACAGUGUCCCAGAAGCUUGUGAAUAUAGGUGCCAGAGAACAGACUGGUUUUACUGCGGGAGCAGAUCUUCACUACAACACCUUUCAGGAGAAAAACAGCUGCAGGGCUUGGGUCGAACGUCACCAGACUCACACCUCAGUGAUGAAAAAUUAUUUCUUACCCACGUCAUUUCUGCAGGGCGCUGAGUUGAUGCCGAGUCUGCGCAGCCGUUCUUGUCAAGAAACGGGAUUUAGUCGCGGUGCCGCCGCCGCCGCCCCCUUGGCCUCUCCAACCUCCUCGUCAACACCUCUUUGUAAAACUAAUGCACCAACUGUGAGGAUCAUUGGAAAAAAGGUUGAACAUUUUCCUUUCGAGCCUACUGGGUUUCUACUAAAUGCUCCAAACAAUCAGGUGUUCCCCAAUAAAUCCUUUGAUUGUUUACAAUUCACUACACAUUAUAAGAGCAAGUUCUCUCCUGAUGCUGGUUUGGAAGAGUUGAGAUCUAGCCACGGUGGUGCAGGAGUCAUCAGUUCAAAAAUGGAAAAUGCCUACAAUCGUCGGGACAUGGACAGGUUCAUCAUUAAGGGUUGAUGUCACACCACUGAGAGGUUAACUAACGUGACUGGUCAUCACGAAAUGUAACUGGAGCUUUUUUUGAUGACAAAUUGGUGUGUGUAUUUAUUUUUCUUGCAUGACUUGUGGGGCAGGACAAAUGAAGUAUUGCAUUACCAUAUAAUCAAAUCCUGAAGAGCUUAGUGACUCCCACAUUAGCCGUUUUUCACAAUGGCCCUGUUAAAGAAAAUGGCAGAUAUUUUUUUUUCUUAUCUCUUUGUGAAAUCCUUUUUAUUUGAAUUGACAAUCUGCCAGUCAGACGUUUGUGUGGAAGCCAAAGAGGGAGUGAGGGAGAUGAUGCAUUGUCUCUGACUGCCUCCCUCUCACUGACCUAGAGAGAAUGAGAGGAGUGUAAACCAAUGAGCAAAAUAAUUACUCUCAUACAGAGUAUGGCACUGAUUCCCAUAGACAUCUGCAGUGUGUCAGACUGUUUGCCACCCACAUGUUUGGAAUGAGCUGCAGAGUAUGGACCGAGGAGGAGGAGUGAAUUUAUGUUCUACAGCUCCAUAUACAACGUGGUGUGGACCAAUUGUUAGGAACUCUAGUGGCUUUACAUUAUCAACACAAUUCAAAUCAACUAAAGAAGUAAUAUUUCCUGACAGUUGGGCCAGUUGGGCGGCAUUUUCAAACCAAGCAAUUUAGCUGGGCCAGACAUUUUCUGCAGCCAGUAAGCAGCAGGUGAUACAUUUUAAAAAGUGCAUUAAAAAAAUUGAUUUUGUAAUAAAAUGAUUUUGGCCAUACCUGUGCUAACCACACCUCAAAGUGUAUUAAAAAGUGCACAGUUUUAGCUCUAACUACUUUAAAUAUAAAAAACAUUGUCAUCUCAGGUGCAUCAUGUGCAUAAAAUCAAAAAGAGUGCACAAUACUAGCAUUUGCUUCUCUUUCUCACGCCUAAUAGUCUGCAUGACUCUAUACGACUGGAGACUCGGUUCAUUUGGGGCUUGCAACAUUCAGCCGGUCCGAGUUUGCUUUCACACUGCACUUCGGUGAAACGAACCGAACUGCUUAAAUAACAUAUUUAAAUAACAUAAGACAGCAAUGAACAA